CUUGUCCUUAAGCUUUCCAACGUGCAACUGGGUGUUAUCCUGCUCACGACCGGUCGAACUUCUGUUACUCUUCCUCGGAUGGCGUCGCAAUCUCCGUUCGAGCACGUGGCGCGAAACUUGCGGGCGAUCGGCGCGCUGUCCGUCGAGGAGUAUCUGGCGAAGAGUGGUCACGAGCAGGACACCAGCCCAGUCGCCGUGGAAGUCGACAAUAUCAUUGGUGACAGUGCGAUCUCACGCCUACGCGCGUUAUGCGCCCCACAAGGCAGCGCCAUUCUCACAGGAAGUCUCGCCCCACGCGCAAAGCUAGAGGUCGAACUCAUAGACGAGGGCCCGGAUAGAAAACGAUGUGUGGUGACGAUCACCCGGCCAGGCGGAGAGGCGCGGGCGUUUCGGUCGCCUGUGAAUUGUGCGAGUGCAGAGGAGGCAGAGGAGGUUGCGGCGGGUGUUGCGCUAGAGAGAGGGGUGGCGGAGUUUAUAGCUGUCGGGGAUGAGGAAGAGGUCCGGGCGGCCAAGGGGACAUUGCUUGUGUCCCUUGACAAGCAAGCGCCUGUGAUCGAGGUCCUGACUGCUGUUGGGCACAUCGAAGAGUGUUGUAGGGAAUGGCGCGGGCCAUCGGUUGAGCCGGCGUGGUAUACGUUUGCAGGUUCAAACAGCUAUGGCGCGUGUCUCAAGAUCGCACUUAGUCCACACAACUACCGCGUAUACUCAUGCUCGCCAGAGUUCGCCACGCCCCUCACUGCGCAGCAAAAGUGCGCUGCAAUUGCCCUCGACGAGGGUGUUCUCGAUUUUAUCAUGCAUGGCAAUGGACAAACAAAGCCGACACCGAUAUCGAGGAAUUCAUCAGAUCACGUGUCAGUACCAUGGUCGCUGCAAGCUUUCUUCGAGACGAUCCCGCGGCCACUAGAGGAAGACUUUGGUGCACGGACUGCGCCCCAGAUCCAGCCUGUUGGUUGGUUAGGCAGCAUUGUCGCACAGGCGAUGGGGACCCGGUUUAGCUCAGCAUACUACGCGGUCGACGUUUUGGACCAGCCAGUGCGAAAAGCCCAUGGUUGUCUCCUGCGGCUGAAACGAUCCUGCCCAGACACUGAUGUCCCCACCAUCUACUCAUACCUUGUUGAGCCGCAGGCCAACUCGCAAAAAGAGGCACGUGCCGCCGUAGCCCUCCUUGCGCUCUCCCUUGGGGCAGGAAAGAUGAUACGAGCGGCACACGAAGAAUGUCUCGGCCUCGUCUCGCCCGACGUGCGCCAUUUUGUGACCAAAUCGGUGCUGUCGGUGCUUGGCACGGAGGUGCGGCGCGCCAGCGGGAAGGCCCCGCUGUUUGAGUUCACCACCGUCGACAACGCUUUUGGAUGUACCUUGACCUUGUUUGCGACCCUGACCGCCGCUGACCCGCUGGUGUACACUGUCCCUGAGCGGUACGCGAGCAAAGCAGAUGCUAAGGUUGCGGUGACGCAUCUGGCUGCGACACGGGGCGUGCUGGAUGUGUUGACCCAACCUGCAUUUCCUGAGGGUGAUGGCGCUGGGAAGAAGCGCAAGAAGAAGAAGCAGGCAAUGGGAAGCACGCACAGUGGCAAGAAGCAGCGCAUAAUUGGUGGUGGGGUUAGAUUGUCGCUAUCGACUCGGAAGAGGUCGGGGAGUUUGGAGGAGGGGGAGAUCUCGGAGUAG